CCCCCCUCCACUGCCCCACGUUCGACGCACCUCCUCGACGCACCUCCUCGACACCCGCCAUGAAACCCGUGGGAUCGCUCUCCCUGGGCAGAAAACUGCCCUCGGCCGGAUCGCUGCUCGUCGGCAUCCUCGUAGGACUGCUCGUUGCUUCCCUGUUACGCCGGGGAGAUUCCAGCACCGAAGCAUGGCGUGGUAGUGGUGUGAACAAGCUGCGGCCCAACCCCGUCGCGGGCUCGUCCCGUUUACAGCGCUCCCAAAUCAUGCUCCCCUCCAUCGAGCAACGUCUCCAUAUCCUCCAACUCAUCAGCACCCUCUCCGCCCACCACACCAAGGAGUGUCUCCGCAACCCGCAGCCGCUCUACGUCGAGCAAGUCAAGGAACGGUACGCGCCUCUUGUCGGGUACAAGAAACCGUGGUCCAACUCUGGCUGGCUGGGCAGACUGUUUGGCGGCAAGAGUGAUUCCCAGUCGACCAUGGCGUCGACCACUGGAAACGACAGGCUGGACAACAUCAAGCGGGAUCUGCAGGCGAGGCAGCACAAGUACUUUUUCGCGAUCAACUUGUACAACUCGUUUGACGUCAUCCCCGACCUCUUUGCGACACUCUUCCGAGCGGCUGCCAUCUUGGGCUACCACAACGUCUUUGUCUCCAUCUACGAAAACGGGUCCAACGACCAGACAAAGGCGCUCUUGAAGAUUUUCGAUGCCCUCGCGCGAACCGUCGGCCUGAGGAUCAUCAUCCGAACAUCUAUGCGUACCCGAGGUCUGUUCAACCACCGUAUCGAAUACCUUGCCGAAGUCCGAAACGCCGCCAUGCUGCCCCUCCACGAACUUCGUGACAAUGACGGGGAAGUCUUUGACUCGGUCGUCUUCAUGAACGAUAUCUUGCCCUGUGUCGACGACCUGCUCGAGUUGAUUUGGCAGAGUAGGAGACAGAAUGCGGGUAUCACCUGUGCGGCGGAUUACAUGUACCACGAUGAUAUCGGUGCUCCUGUAUUCUACGACAACUGGGUCGCCCGUGACAUUAACGGUACCGCGCUCGAGAAUGCGCCUUUCGAGCAAAUCUUCCACCACACUGAAUCCAACCACCGAUUCCAGCGACAUUUGCCCAUCCAAGUCCAAUCGUGCUGGAACGGUAUCGCUAUUCUCGAUCCCACUCCCUUUUACGAACCUCCUCAUGUCAGGUUCCGAAUGGCCAACUUGGCUCAAGGCGAAUGCUCGGCGAGUGAAUGCUCUCUCAUCUGCAAUGACUACUUUAACGCCGGGUACGGACGGAUCAUCAUGGUUCCCCGAGUCAAGCUCGCCUACGACCGAAAAGUCUGGGAUAUUAUCCACCCCGAACGAAGAAAUCUCACUGCUAUCAGAGGUUACAAGCGUAUCGGCGGUUUGCCGGAUGACCCUCACUCGGAUCCACAGGAUAGGAGCUGGUACGGCCCGCACGAUAGGUUGUUCACCCCCGAAGAGACGGAAGAAUUGGAGUUUGUACCCGGACCAGAGUAUGUGUGGUGCUGGGGUUGGGACGGUGCUGGUGAUCUUGACGGACCGGAUGUGGACCCGAUUUGGGAACACAUGCAACCUAGGUCAUACUCUGAAGAGGCGAUCCAGAUCAAGCAUUACCGAAAUAUGCCUGGAUGGUAGAUUUCUUAAAAAGAUAUGUGUGCGUGUAUGGGGGUGGUAUAGAUUGGGAGAGUUGGGGUUCCGAUUAUUACAUUUGACUGAAUCUUAUGGCCUGUGCUUUUGGAAUAUGCAUCCUUUUUCAGACGUU